AUGGCUGCCGAAACUUCGGUCGAGGAGUCACAGGACGUGACAAUGGAGGAAAACACUCCGUCUAAAGAUCAAGGAGUACAGAAAAUGUUUACUCUCAAAAAGUGGAAUGCCGUAGCCAUGUGGUCUUGGGAUGUAGAAUGCGAUACGUGUGCCAUUUGUCGCGUGCAAGUAAUGGGUGAGUUUAGAUCAUGUAAUUUUUAGUCUGUUUCUGAAGUUCAGCAGUCGUUUGUUUGUUUCUUUUUUUCCCAAAAAAAUUAUUUUAUUUUUUCAUCGAAUUCUUUGUAUUCCACGUGUGUAGAUGCUUGCCUCCGAUGCCAGUCUGACAACAAACAAGAAGAAUGCGUUGGUAAGACAGUUUAUGUCGUUGAGCACUCUAACCGCUUGGGACUUGCUAACUAAACUAUGAAACUAACAUUAUGUUCUUGAGCUCACCAUUAACAGAUCUCUGGUAUUUCUGAUUAUUUAUCCACACCUGAACUACUUAUUGAAAUAGUCGAAGAAGAGGAAAAAUAGGUCCAAGGAGAAUUAUAUUAGUAUGGUUGUAACCCUUUCACUCCCAAGAUCUCAUUACAAAUUCUCCUUACUGUCUGCCAUACAAUUCUCAUACUGUUAGUUUGGAGUAUUUGCUACUGGAUUAAUAAAUAUUCCCCUAAUUGAUUAUUUUUUAUUCUCACCUCUUGUCAGCCUGAAAUUGUAUUGAUAUUGUGUUGAUAAACUUUGUCUAGGUCACAAAUCGGAGUUAAGGGUCAGAGACACCUUACUUUUUCACAAAAAGUUGAAAAUUGUUCUAUGUCUUUGAAGCAGUGUUAACAUUAAAAUUUCUCUUGUUUCAGUUGUGUGGGGAGAAUGCAAUCACUCAUUUCAUAACUGCUGUAUGUCACUCUGGGUAGUGCAAAAUAACAGAUGUCCACUCUGUCAGCAAGAGUGGAUUGUCCAAAGAAUUGGCAGAUAACAUCAAAGCAAUGUAAACAGCAGGAAUAUUGAUUAAAGAGACUUCUUGGACGAUUUUUUUAAAACUGAAUUCAGCAUUGGCAGAAUGCUAGUCUGCCUUUUAACAAAACUGUGUGUUCUUGGUCAUCAAAUUUUGUUAACAAUGUCUGAAUUCCUUAGGGUAAUUUAGUGUUAUCAACUUGGUUGAAUGCGUAAAUUGGCCAUCAUGAAGAUUUAGAAGGGUGAAGUUUCAAGCAUUAGCCUUUCAUCAGUGAUUGGAGGAAUUGUGGGUUGUGUGUGAGUUUAAAUACAAAAAAUGCAGCUAAGCUAUUGGUAGGGAUGUGGUGACAAGAAAACAAGAAUACAUUAUUUGAAUGAAAAGUGUUCAUUGAUACUGCGGGGAUUAAGAGUGCCACUUUGGAAGAUAAAUUUUUGUUCUUGAAAGAAACCCUUAAUGAAUUCCUUACGAUCUAACUAGAUGAUGAAUCACUGAAAAGAUAAACUUUAAUUUUACUCAGUAUAUGGAGAUUACAGUAUGUAGAGGAAACUUAUUGCAAAGAAUUGUCAUUUCUACUUGAGAAAGUUGCUCAUUAUCAGAAGAUUUCCAGUCUCAGAACAUUGCACAUUUGCCUUGCUCAAUAACCCACUAUAAUUCUCUCCUAAAUAAAGCAAGUAGUGCCAAGGCUUUGAACAAGUGGGUGGAAAAAGUUAAAAAACUUGUGGUGGUGUAAAUGAGGCUUAAGGUGAAUUUUCCGUGGUAUGGCACCCAUUGUUAUCAUCUCAUUUUCACCAGGUGGCUAACUCCCAUACUUCUCGAUCACCUUCCCAAGUCUUUUUUACCUUCAGUGAAAUUAACAGUACGAAAUCUCUCUGCCUUAAAUUAGUUGGAAACUUUGAUGCAGUAAAAUGUUUACAGAAGUAUACAGUUUAUCACUAAAGCUUUCUAUAUGUUGCUGUUGUGUCUGCUUCAGAUAAUUUGCAUGAUUCCUCAGAGUUCUCUCCUACUUGCUGUAAGAAAUGUUUGAAGGAUUUUCUCCCUUACAGAAAAUAUUACAGAACUAUACUGGGAAUUUAGGGGUAAAAAAAAAAAAAUGUUCAGUGGAGUGUAGGGAAUAUUACUGUUAACAACCCUUCAACACCCAGAAUCUAACCACCUCUAGCUGUUGUACAUACCCUGGUAAACUGGAUACAAGAAUUUGUGCUAGUUUAAGAUAACUUCUACCCAAUAAAUUUGAGUAUUCUAUUUUGCAGAAUAAUGUAUGUAUAUUGAAGGGAGAAGUUACUCGUUUAUCGCCUCUGGGAGUUUAGGGGUUAAAAGAAUUAAUUUUAUUCCCUGUAUUUUUUUUGAUGGUGUAUAGAAAUCAUGAAACAGACAAAAGUGAUAGAAAAUGUUGGUUUACUUCCAUUCACAACCACAAUACUUUUUCACAGUAUUCACAGAGAUAAUAAUAUUUUAGUUUACAUUGCGAAAAGAGAUUAUUAACUAAAAGCAUUGAUUUUGCUAAAAAUUUACAAUGGGAGCUAGUGUUACCUCUUGUUUGUAGAAUAUGGGAUAAAGAGAAAGGGUUUGUUUAAUAUAGGAAGAUAUGCCAUCCAACUACUUAACAAUAUCAUAACAAGAAAAUUGGUAUGAAAAUAUUAGUCUGGUCACCAUUAUAUACACCCUGAGUACAUAUCACUGC